AUGUUCAAUUCGGAAUCAACAGGCCAAACGUCAAAUGUUGAACAUCCAACAUCAUGUUUUCACAAUCGAAAAAGCCGAAUACUUCUGACCGCUCUAUCACUCUUCAUUACUGUAUUGAUCGUCAUGGUAAUAGUAGUUGCAAUUGUAUUGAACUCCAAGAAAGAGACAACAACAGUUAUGGCACCAAACGCAAGUACAACUAUAGCAAUAGCGAAAACAACAGCUACAGAACUAGUGGGCACAACUAUGUCAACUACAGACAUGACAAUUACAGAAUCUACCAUGGCACCACCACCAUCAAUUCAAAUAUCAAUCGAUGCUGUCGAUGAGGCGAUCAUGGGCAUAUACAAUACUACAGUUGGUGGAAAUAGCUUACCAGCAACUGCUGGCAACGGAGUUGGACAAUACGUAGUUCGACAUCCGCCAAGUAAUGCAUGUGAUAAUAAUAUAAAAACCAAAUAUCAAAGUUUUGGAUGGUGUUCCUUAUCCGACUCAGAUGCAUCUGAAUGUGGUCACAAUACUGGUUUGUAUUUUGAACUCAAACGUGAUUAA